CCAGAGCGAACUGCUGGGUGAGAGACAGCACCGAAAGGCAACCGCAGAGCAGCCACUGGCUGAUCAACUCCCUGGCAGGAGACCAUGGCCAAGAAGGUGGCAGUGAUCGGAGCCGGCGCCAGUGGGCUGAUCUCUCUGAAGUGCUGUCUGGAGGAGGGACUCGCGCCCACCUGCUUUGAGAGGACGGAAGAUAUCGGCGGCCUGUGGAGGUUCAAAGAAAUUGUUGAAGAUGGCCGACCGAGUAUCUAUCAAUCUGUCAUUGCCAACACCAGCAAAGAAAUGUCCUGUUUCAGUGACUUCCCAAUGCCGGAUGAUUUCCCAAACUUUCUGCACCAUUCUAAGCUCCUGGAAUAUUUCAGAAUGUUUGCCAAGAAGUUUGAUCUUCUAAAAUAUAUUCAGUUCCAGACAACGGUCCUCAGCGUGAAAGAAUGCCCGGAUUUCUCGUCCUCCGGCCAGUGGGAGGUUGUCACCGAGAGCAAGGGCCAGGAGCAAAGUGCCAUCUUCGACGCGGUCAUGGUUUGCAGCGGCCUCUACACCGUCCCGCAUGUCCCCCUGGAGGCUUUUCCAGGCAUAGAGAGGUUCAGAGGCCCGCACCUCCACAGCCGCCAGUACAAGAAGCCGGAGGGGUUCGAGGGGAAGCGCGUGCUGGUGAUCGGACUGGGAAACUCCGCCUCAGACGUCGCCGCGGAGCUGAGCAGGAAGGCCUCGCAGGUGUUUCUCAGCACCAGGCACGGUUCCUGGGUCAUCAGCCGCAUCGCUGCACACGGCUAUCCCUGGGACCUGGUGUUCCACACGCGGUUUCGCUCCAUGCUCCAGAACGUCCUGCCACUCACGGUUCUAAUAUGGGCACUGGAACGACAGAUAAGCCAGUCGUUCGACCAGAAAAUGUAUGGCCUCCAGCCUCAAAACAAAUACCUUAUAAAAGAACCUAUAGUGAAUGAAGAUCUUCCAAGUCGCAUAGUCUGUGGAAGCAUCAAGAUGAAAUCAAGAGUGACAGAGUUCACGGAAACUUCUGCCAUCUUUGAGGAUGGGACGGUGGAAGAGGACAUCGAUGUCAUUGUCUUUGCAACAGGCUACGCUUUGUCUUUUCCCUUCCUUGAAGACUCGCUUAUUAAAGUCGAGGAUAAUAUGAUCUUGAUGUAUAAAUACAUGUUCCCUCCUCACCUGGAGAAGUCAACCCUUGCCUGCAUUGGUCUCUGCCAGCCCCUAGGUUCCAUUUUCCCAGUUGCUGAACUUCAAGCUCGUUGGGCGACGAGAGUUUUCAAAGGCUUGUGUACCUUGCCCUCAGAGAAGACUAUGAUGGAAGCCAUUAUCAAGAGGAAGAAAAAAAGAAUUAAACUGUUUGGAGACAGCCCGAGCCGGAUUCUGAUGAGUAAGCACAUUGACUACUUGGACGAGCUCGCCACGGAGAUAGGUGCGAAGCCAGACCUCCUCGCCCUCCUGCUCAAAGAUCCGAAACUGGCUGUGAAACUCUAUUUUGGACCCUGCAACCCCUAUCAGUACCGCCUGGAGGGGCCCGGGCGAUGGGCAGGAGCCAGGACGGCCAUCCUCUGCCAGAAGCAGAGAGUGCUGAAGCCGCUAAUGACGCGCACCCUGCAGCCGGCGCCUGAAUCCCCCCUCUCCCUCCUGCUGAAAAGCCUGGGGCUUCUUGUGGUUGUUUGGGCCUUUUUUUCCCAACUUCAGUGGUACUAGUCCAUCCACUUCGGGCUUCAGUAUCAGUCAGUACCUCCGAAAGAAAAAUAUUAAAUCUCUAUUCUAAAGCUGAGCAUUGAGAGGAAAAGCGUAAGAGGGGUAAUUGUAAAGAAUUAGCAGAACAAGCCCAGCCGGUGUGGCUCACUGGUUG